GAUAGGGUGUGGUGGUGGCCAAUUUUUUUUUUCGAGUUUUGUUAUAUUAUUAUGUAUAAAAGAAAGUGACUAAGUACUGGAAUGUCACUGAACAGACAUGCGGACACUUCAUUCUAAAAGGACACCCAUUAAUUCAUAAUUGUUGUGUUAUCAGUCAUUAACUGGUCAGAUAUGUCUGGGAGUAGCAACAACAACAACAGCAGCAGCAGCAGCAACAAACAUCACCAUGACAACAAAAAUGAGGUUGUUAUGGAGAUCCAGACGGAACCCAUGACGAGUCUGGAGACUAGAAUUAAAGGCUUUCUUGCGGCCUUGCUUUAUGGCGUCUGCUCAGUGUCUGCCGCCUUCAUCAACAAGAUGCUGCUGGCAACAUUCGAGUUCGACUAUCCGGUGUUCAUCAUGACCGUCCAGAUGAUCUUCACCAUCAGUCUGCUCGAGCUGCUGAGUGUCUCCGGCGUCAUCGUGCUGCCGAGCUACACAUUGUCACGCGGUCGGGACUUCCUGUGGCCUGCGAUGUUCUACGGAGCCAACGCCGUGUUCUCGUUAUCGGCACUCUCUCACAUGAACAUCGCUAUGUACGGCGUUCUGAAGCGGUGCGUUCCACUCACCACCCUGGUGUUCUCCGUGUGUAUCCUCAAGAAAGACCGACCCACGAAGAUGGUCAUCGCGUCCAUUGUUCUCCUGACAUCCGGAUGUAUCAUCGCAGGGUACGGAGAUCUUUCAUUUAUUUGGUCAGCUUACUUCUGUGGAGCAGUGAGCAAUGUGACGCAGACUCUGUACCUGCUGCUCGUUCAGAAGUAUGCCACGAAGAACCAGUCUACGGUGGACACGUUACAACUGAACAGCUUCAACACCCUCCCCAUCCUGGCCAUCACCGCCCUCGUCAACGGCGAGAUGGGCAGUGUCUGGCAGUACAGCCAGUACUCCAACCCCAUGUUCAUCUUCGUCUUUUUUUUAACCAUCUCCAUGGGAUGUCUUCUCAACUACUCUCUGUUCCUGUGCACGGGAUUGACGUCUGCUCUGACCACCAGUGUUGUUGGAGGCUUGAAGGCCAUGGUUCAGACGAUACUAGGGAUAUUUACGUUUGGUGGUAUUAGUCACAACGUAGCUACCUAUCUGGGACUGAGUCUGAAUCUGGGCGGAGGGAUCAUGUAUCUUGUCAUGAAGUUUAAAGACAGUCAGUUGAAGGAGGUGGGUUUAAAGAAAGUGAUGAGCUUUUCACAGAUGACCAAUGGAUACACUAAAAAGCUGAACAAUAAUGCUAAAAAUGGUUUACAUGUACAUGUCAAAUCUUGAUGGUUGUAUGCAUGUAAUUGUAGGGGAAAAAACACUUGGGUUGGUUUUAGGUAUGUGGAUUUGUUUUAGAUAAUAGGGUUGUUAUGAUUUUAAAACAUUAUUAUUGCAGUAUUUUUCUUUCUUAGGGAUCACCAUUUAUGGUUAGCUCUGCCACUUGCCAAAUUCGCCUAUUGUGAAUUUUAGGAACAAUUGGCGAAUUUUAUUUUAAUUUGGCAAACAAAUUUGAAGUAAUAAUUGGUGUUUUGUAGGAGAAUAACUGGGUUUUGUAGGAGAAUAACUGGGUUUUGUAGGAGAAUAACUGGGUUUUGUCUUUUUAAAGAUAAUUUGGCGAAAUGUUUUGCUCACCCAGAGCUAGCCGCGCCAUUGCUACACAAAUUGCUGUGAUGUUUAAAACUGAAAUCCAGGUUCACAUGGUCGAAAAAUAUCUAAAAUCACAAUUCAUUUUGUACAUCAAAACUACAGUGAAACCUGUCUAAACUGGACACAUGCUGGACCAAGUAAAAAAGUUUGUUUUAAGGGAUAUCUGGUUGAGAGAGGUUCUGCUCUACUGGUAUUUAAACAGAGACCAUUAAAAAUGUCUGGCUUUAAGGGGAUUCUGGUUUACAGAGAAUCUGGUAUAGAGAGGUUUCAAUAUAUAUAUAUAUAUAUAUAUAUAUAUAUAUAUAUAUAUAUAUAUUGUUUUCGAAACUGGAUCAAAACUAAGACAUAAACUACAAACAAAAUGUAAUUUUAACUCUUUAGAAACAUUAAUACAGAUAAUCUAUUAUUACUAAUAUUAGUGUUAACUAAUAUGUAUUUCUAGGAACAUUUUAUUUUAAUGAAGAAUGUUUGAAAUUGUGUCUGAAUUGUGAUGGUGAUAAUUUUAUAUGUAUACAGCAUAAUACAGCUUACACAGUAAUGUUUUUCAUGUAGAUCCCUCUUUACAGGGUCCAGUCUUUGUAUAAUAUAACAUAUAUUUAUGAGAAAACUGAUGCAUUUUGAAGAACCACUCUAUUUAAUGCAAGAUCAAAGUGUAUAUGGUCAGGUGCCUUGUUUUGGUGGAUGUGUAGAUUGCUUGCAGUAGUAUAUAUAACAAGACCCCAAAAAAGAAGUUUUUUUAUGCAUCAAUAGGGGGAACAAGACCCACAUCCCACUGCAUAUACAUUGUAGAGGUCGGUUUUAUUUGUUAAAUUUUAGAAGAGAGAUUUGUUUAUAAAGGCCCGACCACCUUUCUUUUCGGUUUCCACUUGACUUCAAUGGACAUGGUUUGAGUUUGGAGUUUUCCUUCUCCUAGGAGAGUUUCCUUACUUGGAUUCUGAGCCUCUCCAGCCAAGUUUUGAUUUUGGAGUUUGCUUCUCCUAGACAGUUGUCCUCCUUGACUCACAUCCUCUGUCUGUCUGGUCCAUAUCAGUCUAGUCUCUACCCUUUGACCAGUCCAGCUUGGGUGACCCUACCAGGAGCUGAUGCUCCAGCUGGCAUAGUUCUCCGAGUCAUUGAGACAUACAAGCUACGUCACCACGUCAAGAAAUGGACCGUGAGAUAGAACACAUAUUCAAAUAGCUUGCUUUACACAAGAUUAUACAAGCUACGUCACCACGUCAAGAAAUGGACCGUGAGAUAGAACACAUAUUCAAAUAGAUUGCUUUACACAAGAUUAUACAAGCUACGUCACCACGUCAAGAAAUGGACCGUGAGAUAGAACACAUAUUCAAAUAGAUUGCUUUACACAAGAUUAUACAAGCUACGUCAAAACGUCAAGAAAUGGACCAUGAGAUAGAACACAUAUUCAAAUAGAUUGCUUUACACAAGAUAUAGAACACAUAUUCAAAUAGAUUGCUUUACACAAGAUUAUACAAGCUACGUCACCACGUCAAGGAAUGGACCAUGAGAUAGAACACAUAUUCAAAUAGCUUGCUUUACACAAGAUUCUUAUAUGUACAUGAAGACUGCGGAUUGUUGAUUUUCUGACAUGCUGAAUCAUUCGUACCAUCAGACAUUGCCCAUUGUGAUAAGAUUUUUGAAGUUCAUGAAUGAGAAAUUUAACAUGUUAUCCAUACUUCAAAACCGAUGCUGCUGUAUUGUUAAACAAACAUGCUGUAAAGAAAUCCAGUAUAGGUAUUAAACAUUCGUAGUUCUUUUUUGCACACCCUCAUUGGUAAAAAAGAAAAAUUGUGCUUGCUGUGUGUCCUAUGCAAUUUGUAGCAAUAAUUUGACAAUUGAAUUUUUAUUGUCUUUGCUUGGAGAAUAAAUUGACUAACAAGUGGAUUGUAUCAGUCCCAUACAGUAAACCCAAUUCUUUACAAAUCGGGGUUAAUAUCUGUUACAAUGACUUGAUCUGUAUGUUUCUAACUUAAUCAGUGUUUCUUUUUUCUAUUCACAUGACAUUGAUCAGGAUGGGACUGACUAGGUUUCAUCUCCAUCCACGUGUCUUUCAGUCUCUCCCACUUAUUGUUUUCAAAACUUUUAUUUCCUAAUGCCUCAAGAUAACAUUUUGAGUAUAGGUUUAUCAUGUAGUGCUAAAGAUCAAAUUCGACUUUCAUGUUGAUCUACACUUUUUCCCCCAGAUUUAUGGCCCUUGAACUUGGUAUAUAUAAAACAAAUUGUGCUCGAUAAUGGCAGGGUUUGACAAAUACACUAGCCCUCCAUCCUGGCUAGUGAAUGUUUGGUAUGGGCUAGUGGAUUUUAUCAACUCUAUUACUAGAAUAUAUAGGCCAUUAGCAAAAGCUUCUGUGAGGGCUAGGGACUUUCUUCAACAUUUGUCGAACACUGAUAAUGGACAUGUAUUGCUUUAGCAAUACUCUCAGAAUGUUCAAUUUGUAGUGAGCUGAAUACGAUUUGUCUGCUUCUAAUAUUAAUUUACCAAAUUGAGACAUCCGACAUCUUUAACAGUGUGGUAUUGAAUUCUGCUUACCCGUAGUUAUGAUGUGGGUUUGGUAAUUGAGUGUUGUAUGGCAACAUCAUCUACAGAUAAUUAGUAAAGUGCCUCUGCUACUUGUAGGAAAAUGUAUAUGACAAAGGGGCAGGUUUUUUUGUUUGUUGAACUGUUUGUUUUUAAAUCUAAUUCUUUCAAGUUUAAAACAAAAAUAUCAUGAUGAAACAGGCGUGACGGCAAUCUUUCAAAAUGUGGGAAAUUUUAGGUGAAAUUCAUAAAAACUAGUGUUGUGAAUAUAUAUACUCAACAAAAUUAACAAACAUUCCAUUAGUACACAAAUGUUUAAAAAAGUUUUUUCAUAUUAUGUAUAAUCAUUGUGACAUGCAUGAACUUUAUUUUAUAAUAGUUUACAUACUGUUAGAUCUCAUUGGGCCAGAUGUACAAAGACUGUUUUUCUCUCACAAGUGGAUAACUACAUAUAUUUACAAUGCUUAAAUUCAAGAAAAACGGUUUUGUAACUUCAGCUAUAUCCAUUUGAAACAUGCAACAUGUUUUGUGAUAUCGGUUGAUAUUUGGGAUGAAAUUGUUACUUUAAUAUUCUACUGUAUGUACAUUUUGCAAUAUAUUUAUUUACAAACAGUUGUGGUGAAAUAAAAUAUUUUGGGUUA